GGCCCCUGCGCAUCACACGAGGGGGCAGCGCGGCAGCUCGCUCGCUCUGCCCCGCGCCCGCCUGCCUUCCCUCCUCUCGCCGCCUCGCCGCAGCCCGGGCUCCGCCGAGUCGAGGCGCGGAUCAGGUUCCCUGCCUGCAGUAUAAAAACCUCGGCAGAAAGCUCCGGCAGGGGAGAGAGCGGAGCCGGGCGUGAGGAGCGCAGGGACGCGCGGCGGCAGAAGCGGCCGCUGCUCACCGGGAACGGUCGCGGCUCGCCCCUUUCCGUUGCGGGAGAAGCGCUUUCUGCCGCCACAAAAUGCAGCAGCAGCAGCAGCAACGUCGAAUGUUCACAGCUGCCCUCCUGGCACUCGUUUUCCUUCUGGCAGCUGUGAGUACCACUGAGGCUGGCAAGAAAGAGAAACCAGAGAAAAAGGCGAAGAAGUCUGACUGUGGGGAAUGGCAGUGGAGUGUGUGCGUGCCCACCAGCGGUGACUGCGGCCUGGGGACACGCGAGGGCACCCGCACUGGAGCUGAGUGCAAACAAACCACCAAGACUCAGAAGUGUAAGAUUCCCUGCAACUGGAAGAAGCAAUUUGGAGCGGAGUGCAAGUACCAGUUCCAGGCCUGGGGAGAAUGUGACUUGAACACGGCCCUGAAGACUCGGACCGGGAACCUAAAGAGAGCCCUCCAUAAUGCUGACUGCCAGAAGACUGUCACAAUCUCAAAGCCCUGCGGGAAGCUUACCAAACCCAAACCUCAAGAAUCCAAGAAGAAGAAAAAGGAAGGCAAGAAACAAGAGAAGAUGCUGGAUUAAUGGAGUCAACUCGGGCAAUGUGAGAAAGGGACAUCAGCAAACAUGAUCAGUUAACAGUUUCAUUUAUACCUAGGCAUCUUAUCCUAAAAUUAUUUAUAGCUUAAUGGUACCAUAGAAGGAAAAAAGCAAACACAGAAAAAAAAUCUUUUUUUUUUUUUUAUAUUACUUUAGUAUUUUUAAUGUAUAACCCUAACAACAAUUUUUAGAGGCCUGUAAUAAAGGACUCCAAACUCA